AUGAAUCAAACAAAAGUGUAUUUAAAACUCUUUAUAUUCUUAGUAUUAGUUCUGCAGUUCGUGAAAGCAAGUUAUCACCUGGAGCUACUGCAAGUGGUAUUCCGACAUGGUGAUCGAACACCAGAGAAAGUAGAGUUAUAUCCUGACUUACCCUACAAUGCCUCUAUUUAUGACGAUCUGGGUUUUGGACAAUUGACUAGCGUUGGUGAGGUGAGGGAGUAUCGUAUUGGUGUAUUGUUACGAGAACUGUACAACGACUUCUUGGGUGACACUUACCAGCACGGUGACGUUCACGCUGUCAGUACGGAUAUGGAUCGAACAAAAAUGUCUCUGGAACUAGUUUUAUCAGGACUAUAUCCAUCAAACACGAAACCCAAGGAUCAGAACAUAAGUUGGAUACCAAUACCACUGUUAUAUGUCCCUACAAUUGUGGACACUAUGUUUGAAACAUAUAUGUGCCCAUUAUACGACGCGGAAUUGGAGAGAACAUUGGAGUCUCCUGAAAUUAGUGCGGAAGUAUCGAAAUAUGAUGACAUUUAUGAACUCGUCGCUGAAAACACGGGUCUAGAUGUGGCAUCUAACCCACUUGGAGAAGUUAGUGCUGUUUACGAAUUACUCUUGUCUCAGGACAGCAUGAACAUUCCUCGACCGGCAUGGGUGACGGACGAUGUAUAUGAAAAGAUGGAAAAUAUUACAGCCUUGGCCUACAACGUAAGUUCGUACACGACGACGCUGAAACGGCUAAAUGGAGGUGCAAUAAUAAAGAAAUUUAUAGAAAAUAUAGUCUCCAAUGAAAAUAACAGAAAACCAAAAAUUCACUUAUAUAGUGCCCAUGACUUAAAUGUUGGUGCAUUCGCCAAAGCGAAUGAUUUUGCUGAGCCGAAAGUACCGUUCUAUGGCUGUACAAUUAUAGUUGAAAAAUUACGAGACGACAACGGCGGAGUAUUUAUUCAAAUGAAACUUUGGACCGGCGUUACAGAAAUCUUAUCUACCUACGAAAUACCCUCAUGUGGUACAAUUUGUCCGAUUGAAAGGUAUCUAGAUAAUACGCGCAAUGUUAUCCCUACGGAUGCUGAAUCGAACUGUUUAUGGGAUAUGGUAACAAAAGAUGACAUAAAGAAAUAUUACGAGGAAAACCAAGAAUAA